AUAAGUUAUAUCCAUACCACCUUUUUUUUCCUCUGUCAGAGACUUUUGAGCCCCACACAGGAACCAGACUCACAUUGUUCAACAGCCACGGACAUUUCCACAGUAGCUGGGAGGGUCGAAAGCCUUUUCCGUUCUUUGUUGUAAAUCUUUUUUUUUUUUUUUUUUUUCUCCUUCCUUCUUCCAACUUUUCAUUUAAAGAAUAUUACUGGGGGCAUUCCAGAAUUAAUUCAGGCUGUGCUUCACAGAAGAGAACAAGGGACAGGUGUAACUGGGUAGAAGAAAAACUCACAAUGCUAGUGAAGUUUUUGCUCAUCUACAACACAUUAGGAUUGGCAAAGUUAGUCAAACACUCAAACCAUCAUGGUUACCAUGCUGGUUCGUCGCACAGCUCAAAGCCACAAACGUAUGAGACUUCUACAUACCCUCAGUGGACGCCUCUACAACAGGCAGAAGGUGGUUAUUGGGAGGCAGAAGUGCUCAGGGAGGAUACUCAAGACUACCCUUCAAAUUCAGUCUCCUCACAUCAAGAGAGAGAAGAUUUUGAAGCUGAAAGCCCACAGUCCCGAAAUGAGAACUGGUGUUCCUUUAUGCAGUCCCGACUGGUAACAUACAUAGAAGCCUGCAUGAAGGAGAAGUACAUUGUCAACUCUCAACAGCCCUGUCCAAAUGGAGCACCAGACUGCCAGAAGAUCAUGUACAGGACAGCUCUGAAGCCAAUCUAUCAAGUGAAACAGAAGGUUUGGAAGUCUUUACAGUGGAAGUGCUGCCCUGGAUUUAUUGGCAAGGACUGUGAACAGCGUGAUCCCAAUUUUAUUCUGGUGCCAGCAAAUGAGACUGAAGGACUGGAAGAGGAGGAGUUCUCAAACCACAUGGCAACAUCAGUGGAUUCAAGAGAAAUGUUGGAAGUCAUUCAAAAUCAUGAGGCAUUACUGGAUGAUCUUCAAAAUGAUAUUCAUCAAGCAGUCAGCAACUUAGGUGACUUGCAGAGAAUAUUUGAGAACAACAAUACAAGCACGGUGUUCGAAGUGAACCAGAGUAAAUCAGAAUUACAGGAAAGGCUUCUGCAGAAAAUUCUGUUUCCCCAUAUGGAGAAUUUUCUAAGGAAACAUUUUAACCCAAUAUGGGCAAGCUUCAACAGAAGCUUACAGAACCUCUCCAGCAUGGUGAGAAGCCUAUCUCACGCCGUGGAAGCCAACAAGAAAAGCAUUGAGAGGUUCCAAGAAAGCACUGUGCCUAAGAAGGAGUUCCAGGAGCUGGGAACUAAGUUUGAAUCUAAAGUUCAAGAAAAUGUGGUGAAAGUUGAUCAGGUAAAAAGGGAUAUAGAUAACCAACUGCAAAUGCAGCAGGCUAAUAUCCACUAUAAUCUCACCAUGAUCAAGGCAGAUACUGACACAAAGCUCAAGAAGUAUCACAAGAUACAGCAGUCCCAUUUCUCAGCUUUGAACAACAGCAUAACAAACAUGAAACAAGAGCAAAAUAAUCUUCAAAAUAAAUUUGAGGCUUUGAAAAGAAAUUUAACCGAACUCUCCUCACAUCAUGGUCCCAAAGAUGAAAAUAGCCAGUUAAGCAUCAGACAAAUAAAUGACGUUCUGGCAGGGCAUGCAAAGCAGCUUAAAGAACUUCACAUGGAAUCAGAUGUGGCCUUUCAGAAUAUUGUAGUUUUAGAGAGAUGGUUUAAAGAGUUAAAAAAAAACAUCUCAAAGUAUAGACCAGAAGAUCUUACAAUAGCUUUAAUGGAGAAAUCACUUAUUAUUCAAGAAAACAAAGCAGCAAUGGAAAGGCAGAUAUCAGAGCUCAACUACACUCUCUCAAACCUUCAAGAAAAUUAUUCAGAUCUGUUGAGGUACAUGGAGGAGUGUAAUUGCCAGAAAAUACCUUCUGACGCUGAUUUACUGGAGGAGGAUUUAAGGAAUAUCACUUACUCCCUUGAAGGCACCCAAUCAAACUUAACAGAUAUGCAACACUUAGAGUCAGUUUUCAAGGAUCUCUUGAGGAACGAAAUUGAAGAGCUCUCCUCAGCUUUUCCAUCUAUCCAUCAGUCCCUUAAUCUCCGUCAAGAAGAAAACAGACAGCUUCAGUCACAGGUUAAGGCUUUUUCAGAAGAUAUUGGCUUCUUGAAAAAGAAAGAUGAAGAAAUUCAUAGACACAUCAAGUAUCUCAAUAGUUCUUUCAGCUCUCUUUUGGAAGAUGCAAUGCGGCACGAAGCAGCACUGGAGGCUCUACUGGGAGAAGAAUUUAUGGAAGUCUUGUUUGAAGAAGAUCCUAGUACGCUAAUAUCAUCAGUAGUUCAGCUGCAAGAAUCUCUCAGGUACACUGCAGAGAAGCUCCAAGAACAAAACGUGACUUUAGAAUCUCUUGCCAAGAGAUUUCAGCUCUUGGAGAGAGGUCAACAGAAUCAUCACGAUGCUCAUACAUCUCCUAAGCAUCCCAAAGAGGAAAUACAAACAUCUGCUGCUCUGGAUGAGGCUAAUGGUCAACGCAGCAACAUGGAACAUAUGGAACCUAACUAUGAGGCUGCCAAAGAUGACUCCUUGGAUAGCUCAGCAUAUAAUGAUAUUAUGACUCUGAAGAAUGAUAUCAAACAUCUGAGCCUGGCAAUCAAGAGGCAUGAAUCAAGAGCCGACAUUAAUCUCUGCUGCAAUCAUACAAUACUAAAUGCAGUGGAGCCGCUCAACAUUUCUGUGGAAAUUCUCUCAGCAGAUUUAGCAACCAUCAAACAGAAGUUAGAGGAGCAUCUGUGGAUUUUUAAAAAACUGUUUGGAAGCAAUGAAGAACUAGUUGCCUCGAAUGUAAGUCUGGAUAUUACAAAGAUUCAGUCAAUGCUGACCAGAAAAGUCAGAAGGCAACAGAAAGGUCAUGACAAGCAAAGAGACAAAAAAAAGUCUGAAAAGCACAGAGAAAAUACACAGACAAUAAGUGGAAGAAAUACAGUGCAGACAGAACUUUUGGAAAAAGGCCCAUCGGUGGCGUUCCACGUGGGAUUCUCAGAAGGAAGCGAUACAGGAAAAACUCUGCGGUUUAACGAAACACACCUCAACUAUGGAAACAGCUAUUUCCCUGAACACGGCUACUUUAAAGCACCACAUAGAGGUGUCUACUUGUUUGUCAUCUCUGUGGAGUUUAGUUCAGGACCAGCGAUAGGACAACUCUCUUUUAGCCGUGGGUACAAAAGAACUCUCUCAAGUAGUCAGAGGAAAACAGCAAAUGGAAAUACCAUGACUACUUUUGCUAUAGCAGAGAUGGAGAAAGGGGAGAGAGUAUGCUUUGAAUUGCUGCAGGGCUCUGUAGUGAAACGGAGCCCACCUGGGACAACAAUGGGUGGAUUCCUAAUAUUUAAAACUUGAAUACUGACAGUUUAUUUUAAUGAUAUACUUCCAUAGAUGCAAUGGACCGAUUCACUACUGCUUCAUCUGUGAUGUAUUCAAUCCUACUGCAUGUGUUUAAACAUAGCACUAUCCUAGAUUUGUUUUCAUGCUUCUUUUCUGAAGUGUUUGGCUUUUGAUUAUUUGCUUAUGAGCAGCAAUGGGAUUUUCUUUCUGUGAUAAACUAAUCGUUUGGACUCCAAGUGCACACAUUCCCAAAUCCUUUCACUGUGCAAAUUACAAUUAAAGAAACUGCUUUGUGGGACCUUCUUCUUCGACCGCAAGACAAAUUAUUUCUUUUUCCCUGGCAAAAGAAUACCUUCUCAGUGGCAAACAUACCUCUACUGACAAGGAAAAAAAAAUCAGGAAAGAAAAUAUAUUAACUCUUAAAGUGUGUAAGAAGUAGCUCAAAAUCAACAACCCAGGACAAUGUUACCUCUUUGUUCUCUGUCAUCAGACUCUUGAGAACUUCUGCAAUUCACUCCAAUUCAUAAGAAGAGAGGAAUCAAAUCCAGUAAGACGCAUGCUCUGCAAGUAUUUGUAGAGUCUUUUCCUUCUAGGCCUGUGUUGUACUUCAGUUGAACUGCCAAGCUUAAUAGUAAUAUAACAUUGUUAGGAUGAAUUAGAUCUACGUUAAAACAUUAAGAAAAUUUUGACAAUAUUCAAAAAAUACUAGUGAAAAUGCAAUUUAAGUUAAAGAUGUCCCUGAAGAAUUUUAGUCCUGGUGCUCCAGCAUUUAGUAAGUAGUUUAAAACCAAGUAAGCAAACAAGCAAAAUUAAUAGCAAAAAGACAAAUACAUUGGUCGACUGUCACUGUUGAAUAGAAGAUAAAUUUAAAAUUAAAGUAAGCCAAAAAGUGGAAUUUCUGAACUGUGUUCUUUUUAGCUUCUAAGAUUUCAAAACGACCUUGCCUGGUCUUGUCCCAGACUUUUUUUUCCCCCUGUCAAAUAAAAUAUAGCAAAGGCUUUCAACUUUAAAGAAGUUCAAUUAUUGUGUUUUUUUCCUUGUCCAUCCUAAUGCCUUACAAAACAACAUUAAAACAGUUUAAUUUGCCAAAAUGAAAUGCAUUUUUAAAUUCCUAGUAUUUUUGAUGAAAGAGGUAUAAUCUUAUAAGCCCUUUCAAGGUAGUACUUUUUCUAACGGAAAACUAACCUAUUGUUAAGGUUCCCCUCCCUCCCCCCCCCCAUAGAUUUGGACUCUAAGCAGCAAUGAACUAUAGAAUUAUUAAAAACCACUAGUACUGAAGUACUGAUAUACAGUGCACUUAGGACAACAGGUUGACAAGCAGAGAAUAUGCAUCUUUUGAAAUAAAGCUAGAAAGUAAGUUUUAGCUACUUACUUGCUGAUAAGAUUACUACUCUAUUCCAAAAACCCCAAAGCAAAUGAUUAAAAUAGUACUUUUUUAAGAAACUGAAAACCAGUAUGAUUAAAGACCCCUUCAAUAUGAGAUUUCAAAAUAAAGGGCCACAGAGAGAGGACGAUGCAGAAGUUCAACAACUCUUGAAAGACAAAAUACCACCUCUGACUUUAUUAAACCAUGCCCACCCACCUACUCCAAGUCAGUGCUAAUUUUCACAUGAGAUUAACUGGACAGGUCUAACCACCUAUCUAGCACAGAACCAAGCUUCUCUGCAGCAGGCAGUGCAUAAAGCCCACAAGCUUGGUGUCAUCUUCUGUCCUACAGAUUGCUCAAAUACCUGAGGAAAGAUGGGAAGAAAAAUCUGAAGAGGUGAAGCAUCAGAAAGGAAGAAAUGGAUCACAUCGUUAAGAGUGGGAUUUUCAGUAAAGAGCCACCAUACUUGGGUGACCAAGCCAUUUUCACCAGCAUGCCUCCAUUUAUGGGCUUUUCGUGGUGGCAGCAUUCUGCAGCGUCAAGAGUGCUGCAUAGGUCAGGCUGAGCAUAAGGUACCUGUUCUCACACUCUGGGUUCAGUGCAUACCAAUUCGGCACCUACCAGCUAAGUUCCAAAAUUAAACAUA